AUUGAGAAAGUGUGUUUUAUUUUGUAGUAUACUAUGGCAUGGAGGUAACAUUCAAAGGGUUGGCUGCAGUAGGAUGACUGUAACAGAUAUAUACAUACAGCAGUUACAAGUCUUGGACUGUUAUCUUUACAACAAGUUGGAUGGCUUUUGUCUCCGGAAAAGUACAACAUACAACCAACCAAAGGAGUGUUUGUGUGGAGGUGGCUAUGAGGGGCCUUGUAAUGAGUUUAAAGGGUAAUUGUUUUUGCAGAUAGUGGGAACAAGCUCAAGUCAUCAAUUAAUCAUUCAUCCUAAUUAAAACUAAAGUUGUCAAAUAUCAUACAUGAACACUCAUAUAGUGGUUAUGCACACUCAUGAAAUAUUAUACACUUUAUUUUGUGCAAUUAUAUGUUUUUUGAUUCUUAAUUAUUGACAUAAUAUUUUUGGCUGGCCUUUGAUUCAUUUUCUCUGAUUCUGCAUCUUCUGUUUCUGUGCUCUCAUGCCAAUUAAGAAUGCGAAAUAAAAGUAGAUUUGCUUCAUGUUUUCGAGUAUUCCAAGCAUUUCCCCUUUGCUCAGGGAUCGAAGUGAAGCAGUUAAUGUAUAACAGUGUGAUUGUGCUCUUGACGUUCAACCCCAUAACUUUCCAAACAUAUCUUGAAAAUUGUUCCUUGACCAAUAAUAAGCUGGUCUUGAGCCACUCCCUGCUUUCCAUAUAAGAGUUUGAGGGCACGUCUGUCAUCCCACCACUCAUUCAACCCCUCAACAUUCUGUUCUCUCCAAUUCUGACUGCAGAGAUGCUGAACACGAAGAAAACCGUGAGGUCAUACAGCAGCCACUCCUCAGCAGGUGUGAGCAGGAACAGGAGGAACCCCCUCACCCGUUCAGGGAUGGUUUCGAGGGAAGGUUGGGGCUCCAGUCCAGAUAUCUCCCCUCCAAUUACAGCUGUAAAGGUCAAUAAAAGUCUUCUGGCACCUCUGAACCUGGAGAUUGAUCUGAACAUCCAGGCCAUUAGGACUCAGGAGAAAGAUCAAAUCAAGACGCUCAACAACCGCUUUGCUUCAUUCAUUGACAAAGUGCGCUUCCUAGAACAGCAGAACAAGAUGCUGGAGACAAAAUGGAGUCUCUUACAGGAACAAACCAGCCGCCAAUCCAGCAUUGAUAUUAUGUUUGAGACUUACAUUGCAAAUCUACGUAGACAGCUGGAUGAUCUAGGGAACAAGAAGCUGCGUCUGGAGUCUGGCCUGCAGGACAUGAGCAGCCUGGUAGAAGACUUCAAAAGCAAGUAUGAAGAUGAAAUCAACAAACGCAAUGAUUCUGACAAUGAAUUUGUGCUGCUUAAAAAGGAUACCGAUGGUGCAUACCUGAAUAAAGUGGAGCUGGAAAGUAAACUAGAUGGCCUAACAGAUGAGAUCAACUUCCUUUGGCAGAUUUAUGAGGCGGAAUUGCGUGAGCUCCAGACUCAGAUCAAGGACACGUCAGUUGUUGUAGAGAUGGACAACAGCAGAAAUCUGGACAUGGACGCCAUUGUGGCUGAAGUUCGUGCUCAGUACGAGGACAUUGCCAACCGCACCCGUGCUGAAGCAGAGAGCUGGUACCAACAGAAGUAUGAAGAAAUGCAGUUGACAGCAACCAAACAUGGGGAUAACCUGAAAAGCACAAAGGCUGAAAUUGCAGAGUACAACCGAAGAAUUGCACGUAUACACUCUGACAUGGAACUUAUUAAGGGACAGCAUUCAAACCAUGAGAUGCAGAUCAAAGAGGCAGAAGAACGUGGUGAACUAGCUGUGAAAGAUGCAAAACUCCGUCUGCAGGAGCUGGAAACAGCUCUUCUGAGAGCUAAACAAGAUAUGGCUCGACAAGUGCGCGAAUACCAAUCAUUGAUGAACAUUAAACUGGCUCUGGACAUUGAGAUCGCCACCUAUCGGAAACUCCUGGAAGGAGAAGAGAGCAGACUAUAUAGUUCAUUCCAGACUUUCUCCAUCUCUAAACCAAACUCGUUGAACUACGACCUUGAAAGCAGCCAUCUGUCCUCCCAAAGUGCUGGGAAAGAUGUUCAUAACACAGGUCUGGUUAAGAAGGAAGUCACGAUUGCUAAGGGUGAUAGUGCUAGCAGCAUCACCAGCAGCACUGCCACCAUUACCAAAAGCACAAAGACCACCAUCAUCACCAGUGAGACAGGGAACAAACUUGCAGAUAUAUAGGAUAAUAAAAUAAAAUCUGCAGGCAAACUAGAGGAGGAUGUUUUUGAAUGACGAAUGAACAGAUGAAAGGAUUGUCUUGUGCAGGGUCCAGGAUCAGGCUUUUAUAGGUUGGCCUCCACCACCUUCCCUGAACUCCAUUAGCAUGUUGAGUUUAGUAUCUGUUGCUAAGGUGUGGCAGAUCAAAAUGAAUUACAGUUAUACAGUAUAUCAUAUUCAAUAUGUAGUAUUUUUUUAUGGCCCUACGACAAACUCAUAUAUUUUCUUAUUUCUAUUUUGUUCCCUAUAACUAAAAAUGACUUAAUGUCUAUCACUAUGAACACAAUCAAAAAGUAGGAGAAACAUCCUUUGUGCACAUUUCUGAUUACUAUUAAGGCCUAUAUUCAAAUAAAAUGAAUGCAUCAAAAAAUAAAUGAAUACUUUUCGACCUUGA